GUCCGCCGCGCCGCGAGCACGCCUGUGAUGCGCGACGCCUGACGACAUGGCCUCGUCCGCGACCGGUAACAUCGUCGUCGAGUGGCUGCGAUCUCUCCACUUGGGACAGUACGCGGAGAGUUUCAUCGACAAUGGCUACGACGACUUGGAGAUAUGCAAGCAAGUCGGCGAGCCGGACUUGGACGCGAUCGGCGUCCUCAACCCGGCACACCGGCAGAGGCUGCUGCACUCCGUCAGAACUUUGAGGGAAGAAGGUGCAGCGGCGGUUUACUUUACUUUGGAGGAAGCAGCCGCGGCUAGAGACCCUUGCCGAUGCGAGGAGGAAGCCCGCAAGGAGCAGGCGACUGUUUCAGUGGAACCGGCGAAGUAUGCCGACGAGUAUGAAGAAGGAAAGGCGGAGUUGGUGAAGAUUCCGCGUAUGCAGCUGAAGCGUCUUCUCCGCGAGCGCCUGGCUCAGGACGGGAUCCGUCUGAGCCUGCAGCCGUACUCCACCACGGAUGGCGACCGAGGAUACUUGGAAGGCCUAGCAUCCCGAUAUGCGGAUCUGUUCUCUACACACUACGGAGAUGUCCUGGACCACCUUGAGGAGUUGAGGCGGCAUGAAUGGGAGGAGAUGUCUCCAAGGAUGAGGGUCUUGGGAGGACCUGGUACACCUCAGACCCCACCUUCAGCCAGUCCAGGGUCACUGGCCCUGAACAACCUGACCACCUCGCAUUCUCAGCCAAUAUACGUCCCCGGGAAAUAUUCUUUUUGUUAUCAACAGCCGUCAAGCUGUCUCACGGACAAGGAAGAGGAUGAGAUCUAUGGCUUCGGGUAUGGGGUGUUUGGGAAGCAAAUGUUGCAGAGGCAGCAGCAACAGAAGCAACUGUUGCUGGCGCAGCCGACCCAGCCGCUGAUGCACAACCAGCAACAUAAUUAUCAAAGUUGUCUGAGUCCCCGCUCGGCGUACUUCUACGAAUUCCCCCCCAGUGAUAACUGCCUCGGCACCGCCAAGAAGAAGGUAACAACGUUCUCCAGGCUGCUGCGAGGUCUCAAAUCCCACAGAAAAGAGAAGCACGGCUCCUGUUCGCCCAAGCACACGCACAGUCCACGACAAAUACUACCUCCGCAGAGGGUGGAUACACCGGACAGCGUGCUACAAAGUGGCUUGGGCCUAGGGCCAGGCCCAGACACGGCCCUGAGGUCCAUGGUGGACCCCCGAGAUUACGACCGCCUCCGCUUCUUACAAAUGAACGCCGCCCAACCAAACACCUUCGAAGAGACGAUUCAUAGGUUAAAGGUACAAGAGGCGAUGAAGAAAAAAGACAAGUUGGCAAGGGAGCAGGAAGAGAUAUUACGGGACAUAAGACAUGGUCUUAUGAACAUGGGAAGGGAUGGAGUCAGAGGCCCUUUUGGAGACGACACGUAUAUGUACGACGAUGAGGCGAGAGGGUUGACCGGAAGAGGGCACUGGUACGACGAACCUCCGUACGAAAGUGACCCGGAAGAUUUUCUGAUGGGCGGCGGGGCUCCAGCUGCGUCGUUCCAAAAUGGCCGAGUUUGCUUCACGUUGAAUCUACGAAACGAGCCGAGAGGUGAAGGUGUGAUAUCGCUCAGAAGUGCCGGCGACAUAAGUUUAGCGAGAGCGCCCCGAAGGGGAUUAAUAAUUCCGCAGAGCGGCCCCUACCCUACCACAGUGAUCCCUUUACGAACAGCGAGAGAUCGGGAAAGCGGGGAUUACGCUGCGUCUGACAUUCAAUCUAUAGGCUCCAGACUAUCUGGCAUCUCGCUAGAAUCCAGCCGCUCGGAGCGCGACUCGAGAAGAGGAUACAGGCAAAUGUCAGGGUACCGGAUAGGUGCCGACCCGCUCUCGCCCGCUUCGUCGGAUUACGAAGACCAGGAAAGCGAAACUGAUUCGCAACACAUAGCAACUGUUCACCAGUCCGAGGAAGAUUGUGAAGGCGUUUCAAAUUUAGCGGGAAAAGUAAGAGGACUUAGGCAGGAUGUACAAAGGAAAAUAUCAAGAUUAAGACAAGAAAGGGGUCCUGAAGGAAGCGAUCGGCGGACGAGCGGCGAUCAAGCAUUCCCAUGUUCUAAUAGUUCUUUCGAAAGUCUUCCCAGCGGAUCAGGCAGUAGCACACAAGCAUUGGUUCGCGCUGGUAGUAAUCACUCAUCUCUCUCGGCAGAAGAAAACAUAGAAUUAAGUCCGGCCGGGCGGAGCUUACUCGUGCCUCAGAUGCUGUGUCGGGCGCGGGCACUCGUCGAUUAUAUACCCAAUAUUUAUGAGAAAGAUGCCCUAAGAUACAAGAAAGGGGACAUCAUAGAAGUAAUUAACAUGAAUGCGUCCGGCAUCUGGCGGGGUGUGCUGAACAACAAAGUUGGGAACUUCAAGUUUGCCAAUGUCGAAGUUCUGUCAGACAGAGACACAAUGCGAUCUCGAUCCUCAAAAUGGUGUAAGAGCCGUGAAAGACUAUGGGAGACACGGCCAAGGAGCGUCGAAGAACUGCUAAGAAGAAUAGAUCUGCCGGAAUAUACUGUGGCCUUUGCUAGAAAUGGAUAUGAAGAUAUAGAAUUAUUUAAAGAGAUUGAACCGUCAGAUCUUGACUACUUGGGCAUAAUGACUCCAGACCAUCGCACUCGAAUCCUUGCCGCUGUGCAACUUCUGCAUAAGCUUGAAUGUGGAGAAGGUGACGGUGAGGGUGAAGGUGGUGGAUCAAGCUCGGAAGGAGGUGAAUCUCCAUUCGGUCGUCGUCAAUUUCCCCGUGACUCUGGUUGCUACGAAGCCGGCGUUGGAGUAGGCGGAGUUCGCGUCAGAACUUCACCUCUUGUGCAUAGAGCAGAUGAGCCAAGUCACAGGCCACCAGAUCCUGCUCCUCAAGCAAAGCGGUCGAUUCGACGGCGACAACCUGACGACCUGGAAUGCGACAGAAUCGAGCGUUAUCCAGGAACCGGUGUGGAAAGGACGACAGGGCGUACUGUAGGAUUACCGGGUGGGGCUAGAGAUGAUACCUGUGAGUCUGAUCAUAGGUUGAACGUGGUGAAGUUCGUGGCGGGUGGGGAGCCGUGUGCUUCCGAGAAGAGUAGUGAUUCUGGUGUGAGUAGUUCUUCGUUGAGCUCGGCUCAUCCCCACCGCCCCUGAGCGCGGCCCGCCGCGCCCGCGCUGGCCUAGGAACCGGCGCGGGCGCGUGCGCAGGCCGCGCCGCCCGCUUCCUCCGCUCCCCCCGCCGACCCUCCACCGCUCGGAAGCCAACAGGACAAUAACUAGCGGGCACGCCAAACAUCACCAAGUUUCACAGACAAUAUCUGCUACGUUAACAUUAAUGAUAAAGACUGAGUGUUUUGAAUUUCGGUUACGAGUUUGUUGAGCGUACGGGCGGCGCUAAGUAGUGAUCGAUGUAUGUGACUAAAUUAAUGUCCGAUAAUAUUUAUGGUCUUUCCAAAGUUAUUCGAUUCUUAGAUCUAUAUAAAAUCUUGCGAACGAGUAUGGGCCUAAUUAAUGAGGAAUGCGUUAGUUUAUCGUUACUUUGUAUUCGAAUUUAUGUGGAAAAAUGAGUUGCGUAUUCAAUAAUGGGUUUUAACCGACCAGAAUGAAUCUGUUGGUAAUGGCCGCAUGUAGUAACUAUUUUAGUCCACGCGAACUGCGCCGGCCAAUGUUAAUUCAACUGUGAAUAUUUAUUAAAUAAGUUAUUCGUUACGAUUUCAGAAUGAAACUUUUUGAGGUCGCUCUUAUUAUCAUUCCGUUAAUGAAUUUAAUGGCAUAUCACUGAGGCGCCAAUUAGGCUUUAGUUGCUUUGUAAGUUUAUAACGCGCUUUGUUGUAAAUACCAGCAUGGUUGGAGAUAAUUUUGUGCUGGGUUUUCGGGUGCAAUGAAAAGCGAUGGUAUCUCAUUUUCGACUUUUCCAAUGGUAUUUCGAACAGAGCGUAAUUAAAAAAGCAUUGCUGAUAUUGUAUUUAAUUUGUAGCGGAGGCAAUAAGCCAGUUCAUGGAAAUAACUGGAGCGUUGAAAGCGCGUCGUUUGAUAGCAAUAAUUGUAAAUACUUUGAUAGAUAGGUUAAUUAUUAUAUGUUGACCUUUUGUAAUUUUUUAAGAGAGCUUUAUGCGGUGGCCCGCAUGUACAGUAUAGUGUAGUGCCCUUGAGUGUGAAAUUUUAAAUUUCGCUCAUAUCUUCCGAGUCAUGAUUUUGCAAUUUGAUGAUUUUACAGUGUUAUCUAAGCUUAGAGCUGAGAUGACUGACAUUUUUAAGAAAACCAUCUUCAAAUGUACAUCGUCAUUAAAUGUUACAUGGUUUUGAGGAACGAAUUUUGUGCAGAAAUGUAGAGAAGUAAAAAUAAAAUGUAUGUCUCUAAGAUUUUAGCUAUUUUAGACAAACAAAUAGUUCCAAUAUAGACCAUGUAACAUAGCAUAAGUCAACUCAGUUUCAAGCCAUAUUGACAUCUAUCCCGACUGCUACAAGGUGUUCUUUUGUGUACA